AUGGCCUACAAGCGAUCGCGUGCGACCUUCGAAGCAGACCUUACUGCUCAACAGUCGCCAUACGUCAUAUACGGUACUCCACUUCCACCUCUGGAUCCAGACAUUCGCGAUGACGGUACUUACGUGCCCGUGUGGAAGCAAGAGGUCACAGACGAGCAAGGAAGGAAAAGGCUGCACGGCGCCUUCACAGGUGGAUUCAGUGCUGGAUACUUCAAUACCGUUGGAUCCAAGGAAGGAUGGACGCCUUCCACCUUUGUCUCGUCUCGGACAAACCGGAAAAAAGAUGCCCCUGCGGUUCAGCAAAGACCGCAAGACUUUAUGGACGAGGAAGACAUGGCCGAAGCUGAAGAGGCCAGAAAGGUACAGACUGCGGAUGCCUUCGCAGGGCUUGCAUCUACAGUGGGAGAACGAUCGCAAGAUGAUACGUUCAUGGACAUCCUGAAGACUAGCGGGGAGACGAUGGGGGUAAAAUUGUUGAAGAAGAUGGGCUGGCGCGAGGGCCAGGGUGUGGGACCAAAGGUCAGGAGAAAAGCAAGGCUAGAGGAGGACCAGGAGCCGGGUGGUGGGUCAGAUCAACAAACUCACCUUUUUGCGCCAGAGAAUUCGCGUAUGAUAUCCUUUAUCAGAAAGAGUGACCGCAAAGGCCUGGGCUUUGAAGGUGACGGAAGGCUUUCAGAGAGCAGAGAUGUCGCUGGGAUGACUAAACCUACAGACCCGGCCAGUGAUGACGAGGAAGAAAGUACAGCCUUCGGAGCUCCCAAGAAUAGUAGUAAGACCAAAAACAAAAAGCCAGAACGCAAAGGUGGAUUCGGCAUGGGUGUUCUCAACGACAAUGGCUCUGACGACGAGGAUCCUUAUCAACUGGGCCCAUCGAUAUCCUACAAUCGUAUCAUAGGAGGCGACAAGAAGAAAAAGAAGAAGCUCGAAGCCAGUAGAUCUUCAGCCAAUCCGUUGCUCAACAGCAAACCCGUCUUCAUCUCCAAGAAAGCUGGUGCAGGGAAAGCUAGUGCGGGUUUUCGAAGAUGCCACGAUGGCCGUCUACCUUUGGAUGGCUUCGUUCUCUCCAGCAGUUUAGAUCCUUUUUCCUCAAUCCUCUCACAAGAUGGCAAAUACCCUCCUCCCAAGAUCCCCCCAGACUGGAAGUCUUCCAAGACGUCCUCCAACCUUAAAGCAUCCGCCUCAGCCCAAUCAGUCUAUCAGUCUCCAGCCACCAUCGCCGCCGCCUCGAAGCUCUCCCCCAAAUCUCGCGCCGCCCUUCUAGGCGAAACCCUUCUUCCAGGCAAAUCAGUAUUCGACUACCUCAACCCCAAUGCCCGUGCCCGCAUCGCCUCCGCAACCAACAACCCCAACCUUCCCCCUGCCUUAGGCGAAGCAGACGCUCACCUGUCCUCAUCUCAUCCAAGAACACUCUCCUCGCUCAUCCCAUCCUUAGCCAAAGAAACCGCCCUUACGGCCCUCAGCCGAGGAACAGCAGGCUGGAUGCCCUACGCCGAAGACCCCGCCAAGCGCUCUCGCUACCGUCUCUACCUCGAAAUUUGCGCGAGCCUACGCCCAGAAGGAACCCUACCCGAUCGAGCCCCGGGCGCCAGUAACGAUGACUGGGUCAACGAAAUGAACGAAUUCGCGCACGCGGCGCAGAUUUUCAAGCCUGUGACCGGCAUCAUGGCUUCGCGUUUCACAUCCUCAUCCUCAGCUCCGAAGCUCGCAUCUGACAACAUCAAAUUGGAAGGCUCUACAGAUGCACCGGGGGAUUCACAACUACUCACACAACCUACUGCUAAAGCGAAGACACCCGCUGAAGAAGCGGCCACCGUGGGUAUGUACGGGCCUCUCACUCGCUCAGUGGAGAACUUCUACCCUACGCGGUUGCUGUGUAAGCGCUUCAACAUCAAGCCUCCUGCGCACGUACAAGUAGAUCCUGGAGACGUGGCCCCUGAGCAAGGAAAUGGAGCACCGCCACCAAUGCAUUCAAGUGCGAUGCCGCAGAAGCGGUUGGAAUUGGUUGGGAAGAGGGAUAUGGAUGAGUUGAGGAUGAGUGGAGGUGGGAUGAGGAGUGUGGCGGUGAAGGUUGAGGACGAGGGUGGUGGAGAGGAGAUGGGAGAGGGUCAGGGCAUGGAAGAAGUCGUGGUGGAUCCGGAGAGGAAUGAGGCGAUUGAGAAGGAGAGGCCUGGUGACGAGAUUUUUAGGGCCAUUUUUGGUAGUGACAGUGAAGACGACUGA